AUGAAGUCAGCACAUAUUCAGCCCACUGAUUUGGAUGGCUACAACAUGACCAUGCUACCAGAGAGUCUCUUGGGCCCAUUUGGCGCAGACACUCUGGUCACCUUGUCGAGCUAUGCUCCCAAAAUCCGGGAUGACCCAGAGUACACUGACUGGGUGUAUGUGGCAACUGCGGUGCAAUACUUCAAGAUUGAACCAGAGUUCAAAGCACCACUCUUUGACUACCUGGAGGGUUAUGUUGCUGUGGCCAAGACAGACUGGAGCACCUCGCUCAUUCAGGGCAAGCAAAGCAUCCACUUGAGCCGCCUUGUGGAAGGCCUGGUGCGGGUAGGCUGUGAAGCUGUGCGUGUGCAAGGGUAUGGUAUGAAGAGCAGGCUUGCACUGGUUGAGACCAACCUCUUUGGUGAUGCCUCUCAUGACCUUGCUCACCACAAUACAUGGGAUCUUGGCAUCAUGUGCGCCAAGGGCAGUCACAUACCGCUUUUCAAGAUGCUUUGCACGCAAACAAAGGGUGUCAAGCAGUUUCCAAUGCUCGGAAAACUGGGUCAAGGUCAUGGCUCCCUGAACAUUUCCUUUGCUUAUCAUGGACAGGAGUACAUGGUGAAGCUAUAUCCAAGACUUGUGCACCAUCUCAAAGCGCUUGCAGUGCAGCAGUUUAGGUGGCCUAGCAAGAUUUUGCGAAGAGGCAAGGCAAAUCUGGGGACAUUGAAGCGAAGACACACUCAGCUUCAGAGACUGGUGCGCAAUGAUCAGCAAGCUCUUGGAGGGUAUCGCAUCGAAGUCACUGUCAAGGCUCCAACAUUGAACUCAGCAAUUCGUCAACUUGGCAAGACUCCUCUGUUGAACAUCCAAGAAUGGAUCAAGCCCCUAGAUGACGAGUUUGAUGACCAUCAAGUUGGCUUUAUUUUGAUCUCGUCCAGUGCAAUGCUCAGGCAGUGGACCAUGCUUGAGGAGCAAGCGCAUCAACUUGGCCUCUUCUUGGGUCGCAAUGAGAGGAACAUGACUCCUGUGGAGCAGAAAGUGCUUAUUGAUCUCCAAAAUGCGCUUGGAUGGAAUGCAGGAUACAGAAAGCUGACCCACUAUCAAGACACUGCUGCUUGGUGGGAUGCACCGCAAAACCAAGUCGUGCAAUCUGCUGUGGAGCAGCCUACCAUUGAGGGUACACAGAAUCAGCCAUCUGCUGCGCGCACAUUUGCUGCUCUCCAGGGUCUGUCAGAUGUGCUCCUGCUGCGAGAACUAUUCAGUAUUCUUCAGCCUAAGAUGGGUUAG